AUGUGGUGGGCGCUAAAGGACCAGCUUCAUUCGCCAGGCGGUGUCAUAAGGAAGAACUACAGUCCCAAAGACGAAACGACGGCGGCUGCGACCACGGCGACGCCCGCGAGAUCGGCGGGAGAUCGGUCGCCACGAGAGGGUUAUUUCGGUUCUGUGGCACCGCAUCCUCAUGCUCACUUACGAAGAAGCUUAAGCGACAAAGACAUGCGCAACCAUCUGUCCCUCUGUAACCAUGACAUCAACACAGCUACCGCCACAUACAGCAAGGCGCUGUCUAACAGGAAGCCCCACUUUUCGUCCGCCGACGUAGCCAUCUUUUCGGUGAAGUCCAAGUGA